AUGUACGGGAGAAUCGCAUCGUUCAGUAUUUUACUGUUUGCACUGCAGCAUGUGAUCAGACUCAUCUACUCUCUGGGUUACCAUCUCCAUUACUAUCAGCACUACCCUGGUCCGUGUUAUCAGGUUGAGAGCAUCGAGUUUGGAUCUGGGAAUUUUUUCACUUUACCUGAUGGGACAACAUUCAUUACUUCAGGUCUAAGCAUGAACAUAUUGUCCCGCAGCUACCAGUCCCAUUACUCCAGAAACAACAUUAGUGGGGCCAUCUACUGCAUGAACCUCCGCACACAAGUGCCAGUUGUCUCACGGCUUGCAAUAAAAGUAUCUGAAGACACCAGUUUUAGACAAGACAAGUUUCGACCACAUGGGAUCAGUGUUUGGCCAAACUAUGACACAGGUAUUAGGCACCAUGUGGUGUAUGUUGUCAAUCAUCCACCUAAGGAAGCUGACAGAAUCGAGAAGUUCGUGUAUGAUCCUGAAGAAAAUCUGCUCCGUCAUGUGAAAACCUUUACAAGUAGUAAACUGAGAGUGGUGUACGAUGUUUUGGCUAUCGGAGAAGAUUCCUUUUAUGCAACCAACUUUCUAUACGAGCAGCAGUCUUGGUUCACAAUGCUGCUGGAGUUGUUUUCACUGAUGCCAUGGUCCAACGUGGUUCUUUAUUCUGAGAGUGGAGGCUACAGAACUGUCGUCACGGGUCUGACCAGUGCAACUGGCAUUGUUAUGUCACAUUGUGGAAUGUUUGUGUAUGUGCUCAUGUGCUUGAGCUCAGAGAUUCGAGUCUACAAGCGGCAGGAGGAUGAUUCCCUCAUACUUCAGCAGUAUUAUCCGUUACAUACUCAUCCUGAUGGUGCUGUUCUGGACCCAGUUACAGGAGACCUUUUUGUUGGAGCCCACCCAAUUUUACAUCAGUUUCUUCGACACCUGGAUAAACCGUGGCAACACAAAGCAUCUUCUCAGGUGCUGCAUAUCCGUGUCACCAAUGGCAACAUAACAUCUGUGACAGAACUGUUGUUUGAUGAGGGUGACUUGAUAUCAGGCUCAUCUGCUGCUGUUGUAUUUGAAAAGAAGCUUCUCGUUGGCUCUUUUAUUGAUAAGUUGGUCAUUUGUGAUGUGAAUGUACCAAUAUGA